AUGGCAAACAGGGAAAUGCAACCGAAGAAGAGAUCAUGGAAGCAACAAGAGCAGCGAAUGCACACGCGUUCAUCAGCUCGUUGCCGCAGGCAACGGAUUGCCAUUGCGAGAGCCAUAUUGAAGAACCCCAGGAUCCUUCUGCUUGAUGAGGCAACGAGUGCUCUAGACGCAGAAUCGGAACGUGUGGUGCAGGAGGCACUGGAUGCAGUAAUGAUAAACCAAACAACCAUCGUAGUUGCUCACCGCCUUAGCACCAUAAAGGGUGCUGAUAUUAUUGCGGUUGUGAAAAACGGAGCCUUUGUUGAGAAAGACGGACACGAUUCAUUGAUGAAUAUUACUGAUGGGGCUUAUGCCUCCUUGGUAGCACUUCAUUUGAACUCUUCAACGUGA